UUUAUGUUAAGGGAAAUUGCGCACCGGUUGGCCAGGAUCUGAGUCAUGGCAGAGGAGUGAGGCGCCUUUGCCAAAAUGCCUGUUAACUGGAAUAGGCCUGUAACUUUUUCACGGCGGUCCUAUGGAAUAUAGUCCGAUUUUACACAAUCUAUAUGUUGUGCCAUCAUCCCACGUGAAAAACAAACUAUUUGUGUUCUGCAUAAUGCUGUCCCUCUGGGUGUAUAUGAUUUAUUGUUGUGUUGGCUACUGCUCAACUAUGCCAAACCUGGCGUACGGCUCGGUAAACAGACAUGAAAAAGAUUCAGAAGUUGACAAUCAGGAGUCCUCUCUCGGGGCUUCCAGGGACUUGCUGAAUAACGAAAACGAUUUGGACAGCAGAGGAGAAGAGUGGGAUGAAAUUAGAGGCGAGGCGAAGGCGUUGGACGAUAAUGCCAUGUCAGGUUUCCUCAAUGAGUCGGAAAGUAAAAAGUUGCCCCAGGCGAUCAUCAUCGGGGUGAAGAAAGGAGGGACCCGGGCGCUGCUGGAGUUUCUGCGCCUGCAUCCAGACAUCAGAGCGGUGGGAGCAGAGCCGCACUUCUUCGACCGCAACUACGACAGGGGACUGAAGUGGUACAGGGAAUUGAUGCCCAAGUCAUCAGAGGGCCAGCUGACGAUGGAGAAGACCCCCAGCUACUAUGUCACCAAGGAGGUCCCUGCAAGAAUCUACACCAUGUCUAAAGACACAAAGCUGAUUGUAGUUGUCCGGGAUCCCGUCACCCGGGCCAUCUCAGACUACACCCAGACUCGCUCCAAGAAGCCGGACAUCCUCUCUUUCGAGAGCCUGACCUUUAAGAACAUGUCAGCGGGUCUCAUUGACACCACAUGGAGCGCUGUUCAAAUUGGCAUGUACGCUAAGCACCUUGAGCGCUGGCUCCAGUACUUCCCUACGGAGCAGCUGCUGUUUGUCAGCGGAGAACGUCUGAUUAGCGACCCUGCAGGCGAGAUGGCUCGCGUCCAGGACUUUCUUGGGCUCAGGAGGGUGGUCACAGAGAAGCAUUUCCACUUUAACCCAGCAAAGGGCUUCCCCUGCCUUAAGAGACCUGAGGGGAACAGCAAGCCACACUGCUUGGGCAAAACCAAAGGCAGGACCCAUCCUAAUAUUGACCCAGAGGUAGUGCAGAGGCUAAGGGACUUUUAUAAACCCUUUAAUAGCAAGUUUUACCAGAUGACUGGUCAUGACUUUGGCUGGGACUGAGAGGAAAUCUAUGAUGAUGGACUUAUGCUGGUCCCUUGUCUAAAUUUUCACUCUGGAGAUAUUGUUAUGCCGUGUAUGUACAGUAUUUGGUGGAUGUGUAAAAAGUUCAGAAAUCUAUUUUAUGAUAAUUUAUUGUUAUGAUAUUAACUCACUAAGCUGCCUAAGCAGGUUUAUUCAUGAUCCACAACAUGCUUCAUGUUCCAGUUUUAAUUCUCAUCAAGUACAUAAACAUUUUUAUAAAAGCACAAUGUUUUUACGGGUAUAACGAGCAGGGUCAGUAUUCUUUUUUUCCCCAAGGAAAUUUUUUUGGCCUCGUGGAUAAAUUCUUCUUCUCUUAUUUUUCCAAAUGUUGCUUUUGCUUCACCUUAAGCUGAAUGAGAUCCAACUUUACAAACAACUGGUAAUAUCCCCUUAACAUUUGCCUGACCCUCAGAGGUCUAUGGACCCUCUUAGUCAGGUCGAUACAGGACUCAGCUGAUCCAGUGCCACUUGCCAGGUGGAUCAAUACAGUAAUAGCUCCUCAUCAUGUCAAUUAGACCUGAGUGAUGGCACUGCCUUGAUCUCUCGAGCACCGCAAUAAAACAUGGAUCCAUUAAUGGUUGUAAGUUUAUGGUUGACCCUUGAGCCAACUUUAAAUUAAUAUAAUAAUAUACAUUUCCACUGCAAUGUUUUGACUUUAUGUCUAUUUAGGAAUGUUGAUUAGGAUACAAUAGCGGUCCUGUCACGAUACUUCUGGGAUGUUUAUUUUUCUUCCAAAAACCUGCUGCACAGGCUUCAAAAAGCCUAAUCAUGUAUUGCUCUUUCCAAAAAGGAAAAUUAUUCAUAUGGCUUAAUCACAUUCAUUGAUCUGUACUGAAAUGGCUUGCAUCAUCUUUUACAGCUUCUUUUAUUUUUUUUUUUUUUUUUUUUUACCACAGAUGAUACUAGAUGUGUUAAUGAUGCCCUUACUUAUGAUACACCAACUGAAAUAAGCAUCUUUGUAAUUUACUUUCAGCGAUAGCUGAAGAAAAGUAACAAUAAACUUACUUAGGACCAAAAUUCCUCGUGUAAAUUUCAAGUAUGGUUGAGUUUUAUUCAACCUUUAUAGACAUACAAUUGUCAGCAUUUUAACAGACGUCAUUCCAUAAUGAUGUAGUGCAACCCCGCUGUUAUAGAGGCACUAUGUUGCUGUAUGCAUUGUUUUACCAACAUGUACUGUAAAUCAAGCAGGUUUGACUGAGAAGU